AUGGAUCAGAGUUUGAGGGAUGCUGCUAACCAAGGAAGCAUUGAUGCAUUGUAUGCAUUGAUACAAGAAGAUGCAAAUGUUUUGGACAGAAUCGAUAAGAUUCCAUUUAUUGAGACUCCUUUACAUAAAGCUGCAGCUGCCGGGCAAACCCAAUUUGUUAUGGAAAUUAUCAGGUUAAAGUCUUCAUUUACUCGGAAGCUUAAUCAAGAUGGCUUCACCCCAAUGCACCUUGCUUUACAAAAUAAGCAAACCCAAGUGGCCCUCCUGCUACUUGAUGUUGAUGAAGACCUUGUUUGUGUCCAAGGAAGGGAGGGUGUGACUCCUUUGCAUUACGUAGCUGAAAUAGGAAAUAUUCAUCUUUUGGCCGAAUUUUUAAAAGCAUGCCCCAAAUCUAUUGAAUAUGUAACGGUUCGAAGAGAGACUGUCCUGCAUAUUGCCCUCAAAUACGACAUGCUCGAUGCUUUUCGGCUCCUGUUGGGAUGGCUUCGGCGGGCCUGGUUUAGAAAUGCCUCAGUAUGGGAGAAGAAGUUGCUCAACUGGCAGGACGAGGAAGGCAACACUUUGUUGCACAUUGCAGUAUUCAAAAAUCAACUCCACAGUUUGAGGGAUGCUGCUGAGCAAGGAAACAUCGAUGCCCUGUACGGAUUGAUACGGAGGGAUGUAAAAGUUUUGGAUAGGAUCGACGAGUUACCGUUUGUUGAGACUCCUUUACACGUUACUGCAUCUGCGGGGCACACUCGAUUUGCCUUGGAGAUCAUGAGGUUAAAGCCGUCAUUUUCUAAGAAGAGUAAUGAAGAUGGCUUUUCCCCUGUGCACCUUGCUUUGCAAAAUAACCAAACCGAAGUGGUGUGCCAGCUACUUGAUGUUGAUGAAAACCUUGUUCGUGUUCAAGGAAAAGAGGGUGUGACUCCUUUGCAUUAUGUUGUUCAAACAGGAAACCUUCAUCUUUUAGUUAAAUUUUUAUAUGUUUGCCCCAAAUCUAUUAAAGAUGUUACAAUUCGAAGAGAUACUGCUUUUUAUAUUGCUCUGAAAAACAACCAGGUAGAUGCUUUUAACAUCCUUAUGAAAUGGUACGAGAAGACCAGGUUUAAUAAUAAGUUUGCCUCACGUAACAAACAAGACAAAUAUGUCUUAUUGUCGGGGGUAGGGAACCUGCUGAAUUCGAAGGACGAGGAAGGCAACACUUUGUUGGACAUUGCAGUAUCCCAAAAUCAACCCCAGGCGUGGUCUCUCCGCUCAUGGUUCUAUUAA